AUGGCGUCACGAUUGUUUAGACCAACAGUCUUCUACCGGAACACAACAUAUAUUCGCCACGGAUCUACGGUGCCCAAGCGUCGCCCACCUCCAGAUGAGUCGACCCUCGCCGGAGCCCAGCACAAAGUGUCGUUAUCUGGUCCUUCUCUUGGGCAUUUGAUUUCCGAGCUCAGCGCCACGAGACCAGGCAUGGAAGCUCUCAGACAGCCUGGGCAGACCAUAUCUGAAGAGCAUAGGUCUCUGAUUAGGACUACUGCGAAGUUAAUCCUUGGAGUACCCAUUGUGAUCGGGACGGGUAUCGUGGGAUACAACUACUUUCUCGAUACGGAUGAAACGUAG